AUCCAUCUGGUGUAUUUAUGGGUAGUGUGUUACCGUAAAGCAAAAGGCUCAAGUUUAUAUACUACUAAUUUUGGGUGUUCGUUUAUUAUCAGACAAGUUAGAAAACUUAGUCCAUCGAAAGUAUCUUCCACUGGUGAUAGAUUUGGACCACUAUGAGAAUUUAAGUUGGGGAGUCUAUAUACCUCGCCAGUUUAUACUAGAGAUUAUGUCGAGCUUCUUGCAACAAGGUAGAUCAAAUUAGUGGUUGCACUAUUUUGUUACAAUCGUGGGCAUGGCUUAGGCCUUCAUGGCUAUGUCCAGUGCCUCAUUUGCCUUUUUCAUUUUCAUUAGCACGAAGAUUUAUAUCAUAAUAAUAUUAUUUAUCUUUUAAAUUGUAUUCCAUUUUGAAAUGCUAAGUUUACAUAAUUUACAUAGUUGAGAGGGAUGUAAGCAUCCUCGACACUGAAAAUUCCAUAACAUACUUGCAAUUUGGACUCACAUAGACCACAUGUCCAUGCAUGAGGUAAGAUUAAAAAUAAAUUUACUUUAUUAUAUGUUGUGGGUUAUAUGGUAUUAUGUAAUCUGGUGUUACUUUGAUAUGACAGUUUAAAUGACAAUCUUACCAAGAUACAAAUGUGGCAAUGCAAAUUUCGUCGGAUAUUAUGCAUGACAUUGAGCAGUUGUGCUUAUCGUUGUCCAGUAAUUUGCUUUGAAAUUAUCGAGUGGUAUCUGGCUGACUGGGUGACACAUCAAUUUGGUUGGACUCAACGUCACCUUAUGGAUCUCAAAGUUAGCCACAAUAAUAGAGACUUAAGGAGUCAUAACUACAAGAAUUAGAAUGACAUUCAUUUUGUUUGGAUUACGACUUGAGACAUGUGACCAUAGAUGGUUGGAGAUCUUACUUCUGACAUAUGGAUUGGUAUCGUCCCCACGAGCCACAUGGAUUUUUGGCCACACAGGUUCGCUUGCACAAUCCAAGACUUGAUCAACUUCCCGAGCUGUGGCAACGUUUAAUGUUGUUCCACCCAUUCAAUUGAUGUGGAAGUUUAUGCCAUCUGACUACCAUCACGGUCAGCAUGGGGCUCAAUAUUAUCCUCAACUGCAAGUUUCAAGAGCUUCUGUAGAUAAUGGCCAACUUCAAAGAAAGGUUGUGAAUGAUUGGUCAGAUGCCACACCUGAUGUUUCUCUGCAAUCUGUUGACAUAAGCACAUCAUUUUCGAGUCGCUCUAACUUUCAUUUUCACUUUGGAGGAGGAUUUUCUAGCAUGCAACCAGAUUUGAAUCUUAAUCUAGGCUUGCAAAACCCGUCUGGUGACGACAUUGGUGUUUAUAAACCACAAGUUCACGAGGACAUCUUACAUAUUUCUCAGUUAUGGUUUAGGUGGAACCAGCAUUAUUACAAAAUUUUGCUGCAUAACAAGAAUAAGUGACAGAUGAGCUCUUGCACGGGAUAGAGUAUCAGUGGCUGGAUGCCUCAAAUUUUUUCCGUGUAAGAAAUCUCGAGUCGGAAGAGGCAGAAACUAGGCAAGAAGCUUAAACAAAUGCAAAGAAUGCAACUGAGGAGAGUCAUGUCAGAUAGUGCACCCCACGUCACACAACUGGAAACAUACAUAUAACAUGAUGAAAUAAGUUUUUCAAUUGAAUUUUGAGAGGAUCUACUCCCAUUCUUUUCAUACAUUUAAUUUUUUUCAAAGAUUGUUUUACAUGGUAUCAGUGCACAAAUCGGAAGCAAAA